GUCACGGUUAACCCGUUUCCCGCUGACAUUCUCAUUCAUUCUCCCAUACAUGCUUUCUACAUGGCAGUCCAUAAGUAGCGAAGGGGUUAAAAUGAACUAAAAACAUGGAUGCACUGACUGGUCCGUGAGAGGCGUGGCUUUUUCUUUACGUCAUUUUCAUUAGACGGUCAUUCAGAAGGCUGUCGUGAUUACACGUGUAAUCUAGAGUCGUUAGCUGAAAAGUUCAAAAGCCUGCCGGGAGGAGGUCCUUCCUUCCUUUCGCCCUCGACACGGGGCCUCACCACGGUCCAGCCUGAUGGCGUGACGAGAAUGACCGCGACCCCUGGCCUUAUAAUACACCAACGUUCGCUGACCUCGCCGUUUCUCUCUCAUCACACCCGCGCCCCGCUGACCCUCUACGAGACGACCACGAGUGACGUCUGUGGGGAUAAAGCUGUUCACUACAGCUCCAGCGCUCCGUCAGUUGUGCUCCAUGGCCGGCCACGAGGGAAGCGAGAUACAACUGCAGACCUCACGCUCCGUGUGGUAAUUGCGUUCAGCAGUUGCUGUCAGCCCACCACCCUCCAAGUCGCACAGAGUAGCUCGUCACCAUGAAGUCAGAGACACUGAAGCCAAAGUCAUCAGCGUUCGACCCACGUGACACCGAGUGCUGCGUCUGCAGCCACGACUUCGUGGACCCCAAGAUCCUGCCAUGCGGCCACAUUCUGUGCCGACCGUGCGUCAUAUCCUGUCUGGAGUCCAGCAGCAGCAGCAGCAACGACCAAUCGGACUGCCCGUUGUGCCGCCGCGCCAUCGUAGACUCCGAGGAGCGUGCCGCGCGGAAGUGGGAUGAGGUGGUCGACGCCCUGCCCACGGACUUCGCCAUGGAGGCGCUGGUGGCCAGCUCUCGCGCGCUUUCCGAGAGUCGAACGUGCGGUGUGUGCGACGCGGAAGCCUCCUCGGUUUGUCUGCGCUGCUGGGUCCUCUUGUGCGCGUCGUGCGUGCGACUGCACCGGAGUUUCCUGACCACCCGCCACCACCCGGUGGAGAGCCUGACCUCCGUCACACCCAUGCAUCUGCUGUCCCGGCGUCCAGCCUUCUGCAGCGGCGAGUGUCACGACCAGGAAGAAGACACAGGUCACGUCCUCGACGUGGGGACGGUGUCGCGCCUGUUCUGCGUUGAUCACGGCGUGGCCCUGUGCACUGACUGCGCAGUCGCAGACCACCGCGCAUGUCCGGAAGUGCGGCGGCUGGAGGACGUGGCGAAGGAGACGGACCAGCAGCUUGUGGAGAUGUCAGCCAAACUCUCCGCGGCGGAGAGCGAGCUGGAUGGCGCACUCCGCAAAGUAAACGCACGUUCGGCGGAGGUGGACCGCAGCGAGCAGGCCGCGGUGGCGAAGCUGAACGAAGUCUUUGAGCAGCUUCACCAGCUUGUCGAGAAAGCUCGAGAAGACCUCACGAGUUCGGCGCGCGCAGCGCAUGACGAGGUCAGGUCGGAACUAGCCGAGGUCAAGACCUUGCUGGAAAGGCGCCGCCGCUCCGUGGCGUCAUACAAGGGCCUGCUGACUCACGUGACUGACCUGGUGCCCUGCCCCAGCCUCACGGAGGCCAAGGUGCGCCUACACGAGAGCGUCAGCGCCAUCAACGUCUCCGCCGACGUGCAAAGCGCGACAACCUUGCCGUCCAUGCCCAGAGUGAAGGUUGAUGCGGCUGUGAUCAAACGAGUACAGGUGGAGCUGGAACACCUGGGAUAUCGAGAGGAAAAACCUAAGGAACCAGAUCUCGUGUUUCACGAGAAUCGCGGCACCAACAUCUUGCUGACCGAGGAUCGGAAGACAGCGGAGAGGAUGGCGCCUGAGAAUAAUCCAGGGCAAGGGAUGAUCGUGUCACGUGACGCUAUGGAAGAGGACGUGUUGUACGAGGUGCGUGUUGACCAGAUGACGGACAACUGGAACUACACACUGCGAGUUGGUGUGACAGGUACGCGACCCGCUCACCUGUCGAUGGUGUACUGGUACGAAGACUUUGACGAUUACUUCAUCAUCUGCCACUGCUCUUUGUUUGACCACGGUGAAACGGUUGAGACUGACUAUGGCAAAGCGUUGGAGACCUUACGGGUUGGUAGCCGGGUAGGCUUGCUGUUGGACAGCUGCGGCAACCUUCACCUGUACGUCGACGGGUGCGACCAAGGUGUGGCCAAGCACAGCGUCUCACAACCUUGCUUCGCCCUCUUCGACAUCCGCAACCGAGUGACCAAGGUGACUGCUCUGCCUUCUCGAAGACUGCAAUGAGAAAUUAAGAAGACAGGAGUAUUGAUAAACAGUAAAUAAAACGGAUGCCUUUCUACCUCCCAGCUGGAUUACAUUGCUUCUUACAAACUCUCUCAAGAGUCUCACUUAUUGACUUCAAGAUGCGCUUCUUUGACCACCAGCUUGUUGUUUGGUUUGAUGAGACUACAGUUCCGCUUAAGGACAAAUAAGUAUGCCAGAGAGAGA